AUGUCACGGUCCAAGGAGGGUUAUCUUUGGACUCCUGAGGGCACAACUGAAGGACUACCAACAGCAGCCGUGCUGCCGGGUUCUCGUCACAUCAAGCAAUCUUAUGACGUCGUCGUCAUUGGCGGAGGCUUUGCGGGCCUCGUCGCAGCCCGUGAUCUGACGAAGCAACCAGGAGUAAACGUGUUGCUACUUGAGGGGCGCGACAGGAUCGGCGGGCGAACCUGGACCGCAUCCGUCCUCGGCGAGGAGUUUGAGAUGGGCGGAACCUGGGUGCACUGGUGCCAACCGCACGUCUACAACGAACUCCAUCGGUACGGACUUCAUCGAAACCUCAAGGCUUCCGCGGGGGCUUGCUCCGACGCGAAGGCAUUCUUCAAGCCUCGAAAUGGUACGGUCAAGCAAUUGACGUCUGAGAUGAACUGGGCCACGGCCGAGAGGGUGGCUGCCCUCUUCUUCGGUGUUGACGGCAACACGAGCCAAAGCCUGAUGCCCUUCCCACACGAGCCCUUCCAGGAGCCCGCGCCUUGGAAGCAAUACGAUGGUUUGACCGUGCAGGACCGGCUCGACCGGCUCGACAUUACGGACCUGGAGAGGAACUAUUUCAGUUCGCUCGUGAACUUGUUCGGGUGCAACUAUGCAGCUGAUACCUCCUUCACGGAGGUCCUCCGGUGGUACGCUCUAGGGGGGCAUUCGAUGGCGGGAGCGUACGACCUCAGCGAGUUCACGGGGGAUCUCUUGUUUGGGCAAGUCGUCACCGCGAUCGAGCAGACAAGCUCGGCCGUGCGAAUCACUACCGCAGAGGGCUGGGUAUUUAGCGCCGGCUUCGUCGUCUCGACGAUUCCUCUCAACUGUCUGAGCCGAGUCGCGUUUGACCCUCCCCUGAGCCCUCUGCGGCGCAAGGCCGUAGACUACGGCCACCAGAACAAGGGAGCCAAGGUCCACUUCCGGCUCGCCAAGAUCGAGCCCGGCUGGUUCGCCACAACCGCGCCCGACGGAUCGACCCCUUACCUGCUGGCGUUUUCCGACCACAACGGCACGAAGAGCACGGGGGCAGACGGGACCUACUGCCUGGCCGCGCUCCGGAGCGGAGUGUACCCCAACCUCCAGGACCACGCGAGGGUGAUGGAAGAGUUCAAGCGCACGGUGAAGCCGGAUGUGGAGAUCACGGCGUAUAUCAGUCACGACUGGUCGAACGACCCCAUGGCUGGUGGCCAGUGGAGCUGUUGGAAGGGGGAUGCGAUGAGCAGAUAUCUGCGAGAGCUUCAGAAGCCGCAUGGGAGAGUCUUCUUUGCUAGUUCAGACAGCGCAGAUGGUUGGAGGGGGUUUAUUGAUGGUGCUGUUGAGCAGGGAAAGAACGCGACGCGCCAGGUUGCCGAGUGUCUCGGUGAUGGUCGUCGACAACUCCAUGCGAACCUGUAA